GUUUGGGAAGUUAAUUUUUUCUUCUUCCUUUUUUUUUUACCAGUCCAGAAAGCGCCGUUUCCCGUCCAUAUCUCUAAUAGUCCUCAAACUAUUUGACCAAAAAAAAAACAAGAAAGAAAGAAAGAAAAUCAACAAAACAUGACGUCUAAUUCCAACGUGUCCAACAUGCGUCGACUUGUUGAACAACUGAAACUCGAAGCCAGUUUGGAACGGAUUAAGGUGUCUCAGGCAGCGGCAGAGCUCCAGCAGUACUGCCAUCAGAAUGCGGCUAAAGAUGCUCUGCUGGUCGGGGUUCCGGCAGGCUCCAACCCCUUCAGAGAACCACGAUCCUGUAACCUGUUCUAAGGACAGGACAUAAAAAAGGCGGAGUCAUACAGAGGAAAACUUACGUUGGAAUCGAGACAACAAUGAAGAAGUGAUCAGGCUGCAUUCAUUGAGAGAUACAUGUUUUCUCUUGUGCCACAUGGCUUUGUUAUGUUUUUAAAAAAAAUAAUAUAUAUCAUAUGAAGUAAUAAUAGGUUUGUAUAUUGGAGCUCAUUGUUUAUAUUUGUUUCUUGGAUGUUAGUAUUUUUAGUCCCAAAGUUCUUUUUUUUUUUUUUUUUUUUUACAAGUUUGGUAACAUUUAAUAUAAAUUUUAUCUGAUACAGGAGGGGUAAAAUAAGUCUAAUGCUGUAAUUACAACAUUGUUCUUUAGCUUUGUUUUGCAUUGCAUCAUCUUAAACUGCCUCGGUGUUUUAAGUCGGGGGGGGGUUCGAAACCGUUAAACUCCUUCCUUUCCUGUUGUUGAGACGUCGAUGUUUAAUGGAAACCGCUUAUAGUCAGUGACAGGAAGCUCGGGCUUCCUGUUUAAACCCACCAAAGAUACGUAAUAAUUCACAUGGACUUCCAGUUACUUCACAACAUACAAGAUGUUGUGCUGAGACGGGGGGGGGGGGGCAGCCACGGACCGAACUCGAUCGGUCUCUUUUAGCGUCGUGGAAAAGCUGUGACUGAUACCAAAGGAAAGCACUUUCCACCCAUAGACGUAUGCUUCCACCACCGCCCAGUGUCAGUAGAGCCCCUGACCACAGGAUGUUGCUGUGACUUCCCUUUCCCUUUAGCUUAGAUUGUGUCCCAAAUGGCACCUUAUUGCCCAUAGGACUCUGGUCUAAAGUAGUGCACUAUAUAGGGAAUAGGGUUCUGUAGGACUCUGGUCUAAAGUAGUGCACUAUAUAGGGAAUAGGGUUCCAUGGGGCUCUGGUCUAUAGUAGUGCACUAUAUAGGGAAUAGGGUUCCAUAGGGUUCUGGUCUAAAGUAGUGCACUAUAUAGGGAAUAGGGUUCUGUAGGACUCUGGUCUAAAGUAGUGCACUAUAUAGGGAAUAGGGUUCCAUGGGGCUCUGGUCUAUAGUAGUGCACUAUAUAGGGAAUAGGGUUCCAUAGGACUCUGGUCUAAAGUAGUGCACUAUAUAGGGAAUAGGGUUCUGUAGGACUCUGGUCUAAAGUAGUGCACUAUAUAGGGAAUAGGGUUCCAUGGGGCUCUGGUCUAUAGUAGUGCACUAUAUAGGGAAUAGGGUUCCAUAGGGCUCUGGUCUAAAGUAGUGCACUAUAUAGGGAAUAGGGUUCUGUAGGACUCUGGUCUAAAGUAGUGCACUAUAUAGGGAAUAGGGUUCCAUGGGGCUCUGGUCUAAAGUAGUGCACUAUAUAGGGAAUAGGGUUCCAUGGGGCUCUGGUCUAUAGUAAUGCACUAUAUAGGGAAUAGGGUUCCAUAGGACUCUGGUCUAAAGUAGUGCACUAUAUAGGGAAUAGGGUUCCAUAGGACUCUGGUCUAAAGUAGUGCACUAUAUAGGGAAUAGGGUUCCAUGGGGCUCUGGUCUAUAGUAGUGCACUAUAUAGGGAAUAGGGUUCCAUAGGGCUCUGGUCUAAAGUAGUGCACUAUAUAGGGAAUAGGGUUCCAUAGGGCUCUGGUCUAAAGUAGUGCACUAUAUAGGGAAUAGGGUGCCAUAGGGCUCUGGUCUAAAGUAGUAAACUAUAUAGGGAAUAGGGUUCUAUAGGGCUCUGGUCUAAAGUAGUAAACUAUAUAGGGAAUUGGGUUCCAUAGGGCUCUGGUCUAAAGUAGUAAACUAUAUAGGGAAUAGGGUGCCAUAGGGCUCUGGUCUAAAGUAGUGCACUAUAUAGGGAAUAGGGUGCCAUAGGACUCUGGUCUAAAGUAGUGCACUAUAUAGGGAAUACGGUGCCAUAGGGCUCUGGUCUAAAGUAGUGGACUAUAUAAUAGGGAAUAGGGUGCCAUAGGGCUCUGGUCUAAAGUAGUGCACUAUAUAAUAGGGAAUAGGGUGCCAUAGGGCUCUGGUCUAAAGUAGUGCACUAUAUAAUAUAGGGAAUAGGGUGCCAUAGGGCUCUGGUCUAAAGUAGUAAACUAUAUAGGGAAUAGGGUUCCAUAUGGCUCUGGUCUAAAGUAGUGCACUAUAUAAUAGGGAAUAGGGUGCCAUAGGGCUCUGGUCUAAAGUAGUGCACUAUAUAGGGAAUAGGGUUCCAUAGGGCUCUGGUCUAAAGUAGUAAACUAUAUAGGGAAUAGGGUUCCAUAGGACUCUGGUCUAAAGUAGUGCACUAUAUAAUAGGGAAUAGGGUGCCAUAGGGCUCUGGUCUAAAGUAGUGCACUAUAUAGGGAAUAGGGUUCCAUAGGGCUCUGAUCUAAAGUAGUAAACUAUAUAGGGAAUAGGGUUCCAUAGGACUCUGGUCUAAAGUAGUGCACUAUAUAAUAGGGAAUAGGGUGCCAUAGGGCUCUGGUCUAAAGUAGUGCACUAUAUAGGGAAUAGGGUUCCAUAGGACUCUGGUCUAAAGUAGUAAACUAUAUAGGGAAUAGGGAGCCAUAGGACUCUGGUCUAAAGUAGUAAACUAUAUAGGGAAUAGGGUGCCAUAGGACUCUGGUCUAAAGUACUGCACUAUAUAGGGAAUAGGGAGCCAUUUGAGACAUAGUGUUAUUUUGCCAUAUCCUGUUUGACACAGUCGUGGGUCCAGGGACCAAGGUCUCUUUCGCAAGGAAACCUAACAUGCACACAAACAUUAAAAACAUUAUUACCGUUAUUAUUGCCUCUUCUGUUCUCUGAGUGGAAAAACUUCAUCAGGCUUCUAAAAAAUAAAAGGGGCAAUCUGG